GAUGAAGAUCUUCAAGAGGAAGCCUACAACCUCUACAGUCGAGGUCUGAAAUAUGUAUUUUCUGUGGAAGAGAAGCCUCGUUUCUCAUGGGAAGGUCUGCUUGUGUUCUGUCUUGGAAUUUUACAGAUUAUUGGAGGAGCAUUGGUCACUGCAUUUACAUUUGGCACAUUAGCUCAAGUCGGCAUGGGUCUCAUCACUGAAGGAAUAUCAGACUGCAUCUCUGGUAUUGAGGCCAUGGUGACGGGAGAAUUCAGCUGGAAAUCAUGGGCAAUUGGAAAAGCCAUUUCUAUUGGUGUAUCUCUCAUUGGGUUUGGCGUUGGAAAGUUGAUUGCAAAGGGCUUCAAAGCCUCUAAAAUGUUAAUUAAAGGAUUUGGGAAACAGCUGAAGCCAAUGUCAAAGUUUCUCUCCAGACAAGCUAAAGAUGGUUUAAGUGCUGUCAUGAAGACAAAUAUGAAGAAUGUAGCAUACUACACUGCUAAAAAAGUUGCAGAAGAAGUCAUUGUCUAUGGACUUGGUGUGGCAGAAAAGAAAAUACUGAGCGAAAUACUAAAAAAUGUCAAAAAGAAGAUUGAAAGUGGAAUUGCUGAAAACGUGAAAUCCGACAUGGAAAAGGAACCCAUAACUGCAUUAGUAGACUCUAUUGUCCUCUCACACAUUGAAGAUAAAGAACAACUUCAUGAUCUCUUAAAGGACAAGGACAGAAAGAGUGACCUGCUGGCCAUUUUCAAAACACUGAGCAGCGCUGCAGCACAGACAUUCUAUGCAGACCUUGACUGGCAGAAUAGGCUUAACUCAACCUUUUCCAGCGUGAUUAACAGUGCCAAAGCAGGAAGUGAUGGCAAAGCUUAUGGAAUUCUGACAGCCAUUCAAGUUGUCCACAUGGCGGCACUGGCAGGAGAAGCCACCCAUGCAGUGCUCACUCUUUCCAGCAAGUUUUUCUCAAAGCUUCACAGGCAGCUGAAUAUAUUUAAAGAAAAAAAGGCUUCUUCAGAGAAAGUCAAGGUAAAUGAGCUGUCUGUCUCAGACGUUGAGAUGCUGAAAGAAUUCAAGCAGGAUGUUGCUGACAUCAUCAGUACUUUAUUGGCCGAUGCUUUAGUGGAAGUGUUCCACCAGAAGUUCUCCAGUCACGUCAUUUCUUAUGUUCAAGGUAAGUUAAAUGGCGCCAUUGGCCAUUUUGUAGGAACUGCUUUAAAGAUUGACAGAACAAUGGAAAAACUCAGAGCUGGACAGAAUAACAGAUACAUCUCAUACAUGCCAGGAAGCCGGAAUUCUGAACAUGAACUUACAGGAGAGACAGGUCAACACUCACAGUCACAUGCUGAAAAGAUCAAGAACAACACGACUGCAGGCACCAUUCUUGAUAUCAGAGUCCUGGCAGAAGCCAAAGGCACUAAGGUUGUCAUUCUCACAGAGGAUAGCCAUGGCAAACUUACCAAAAUGCAGGAGUUGAGCCCAAGCACUAAACCCGCCAGUCAAACUGUGACACUGAUCUACAGACCAAAGAGUGCCCAAUACCCUGCCGGCCAUUAUGAUGUGCGCAUCAAUGGCCAGACAGUGAAGAUAGUCAGCAAGGACAAGAGUUGCCUGUUUGAUGCUUUGGCACGAGGCAUGAAACCACAGGCCAGUGAAGAUGAAAUCUCUUUGGAAGCAGACCGUCUUCGAUCAGUGGAGGUCGACGCUCUCCUCAGACACCCAGGCCAAUGGGACCCUUUCAUCAAACGCAAAGAGUGGACUGAAAAAAUCAGAGGAGGGGACUGGUACUUGGCAGAGGGAGCUGCACCACCAAUAAAAGAGACCAAAGAGGUACUUAAGAAAGAAGUUGGAAAAGUACAAACGUACAAACAAUGGCAACAACAUGCCAAAAAAAAUCCGGGAAUUGGACAGUUCCUCAAUGCAGAUCACCAGCCACCAGUCAGCAGUAUACUGGAAGCUCAAAAAAUGAACCCAGAUAGCAAAUUAGCAAAAGCCAUGCUUGAAGUUGCAACAAACUCAUCUCCUCUGAAUCCCAGUCUGAUUCCUGAUGUGCACAAACAUCAUGGCCGUGAACUUCCAACUGUUUGUGUACCUCAAGAAAUACAUCGUGAGUUUCUCAGUACAACAUCAAAAGCCUUCAGAAUGUGUUUAGCUGAAACCAUAAGCAAGGAUGAUGUUGUAGGCACCUUCAAGCUGAUGGUCCUUGGCUCUAUGGUGAGAUCCAAUCUGAAUAACACCAAGAACUUUAAGAACUUUCAGAACACCAAGAAGAGUAAAACCCGAUUUGCCAUCUUUGAGAGCAGUUUUCCGCAACAUAGUCCAACUCUGAGAAAAUACUGGUUCAAUCGACUUCAAGGCAAGAAUGUCAUGACAAAUAAUGAUCUUACCACCAUUACUACAUGGAUCAACAACAAGGGCUACAAUGAUAACAACGAUCCACACCGCAAACAAGUCUGCAACCUUCUAAAAUGAAAAGCAGAGACCCUCUGAUCUACUCCAGGACCCUCUGCAAUGUGACCUUUUCCAAGCCAGCAAGGACAGAUAAGAAGAUGCUGUUAGGAUCAUAUAUUUUAUGUUCAUGUUUUGAUAAUCUUUCAUUAUUAUCUUAAUCUCUUGUUACUAUCUUAAGGCAUAAUCAACAUAACUCAUAAUCAAUUGCAGCAUGAGAAAACAUAGGUAGAAACGGGAUUUGGUGGUUUGUGUAUAUCUUCCUCUGUCACAAGCAGGUAUUUGCAGAAGGGAGAAACUCAGGGUGCUCAACAGUUGGGUGUUGAGUGGCAAGUUUCUGCAACUACAUGAUGGUGGAAGAAGGCCCAAGGACACGGAGGAACCAAUCAGCUAGCUGCAACACAUUCUGUGCACAUUCUCAUGUAAUAGUAUAAGUAUACUGGAUCAGGGAGAGGCAGUCAGUCAGACUUCGUGCCCUGACAUUAAUUUUGUUGGUGAUAGGGUGAGAAGUUUGAUCCAGAGCUCUGUAUGCUUAUUCAACUAUCUGAUAAAUAAAUACAUUGAGUGAGACCUAAA